AUGGCCCCAACUGUUUCUUCGGCUCCUGUUGCUAUAGUGUCGUCCUCAGACACUCCUCUGGAAUUAAUCACUCAACUUGUGGAAGUGGAAAACGAUGAAAAUAACAACUUGAUUCAAAUCUUGGGUAUUCUUAGACCCUCCAACUCUUCUCAAACUUCCAUCACCUCCUUUAUCAGGGGUUUGUUUACCAAAAACAAAACCUUAUUAAAGCUCCUCGAUCAAUGUUCCAAAAGUCUUGAGGCCAUUAAUGAUCUUAAUGACGAGAAACAGGUUUUCAAGCACUUCAUCAAUGAAUUUCUCAUGUGGUUGAAUGACGACGUUUUGAUCCUAUUCAACAAAUUCAGAGCAUGUCUUGAGUCGCCAGAUUUGGCUAAGAGCUAUCCCAACGAUAGCAUUUACUUCAGUAAGCCUAUCAUGCAUCUUUCAAACUACAUCAAGUUCAUUGACAGUGCUGUCAAAAUCGUCAGAAAUCCAUAUAUUGUUGAGCAAUUGAAGAGCUACCGAGACGAAUGUGACAAAUGCCUCCAGGACUAUGUGGAAUACAGCGACAGUUCAAGGCUCGUGAAUAUAAACUUUAAUCAAGUGCAACUUUUCGGUGAUUCCAAUAACAUCAAGAAUUAUGCGGACAAUGUUUGCAGCUACUUCAAAGUCACCCAAAUUGUGGAGCGAUCAAAGAACACCCGUUUGGUGCUUGAGAACGCUCGUCAUAAGACGCACAUUGAAUUGUUGUUGGUGAACUUGAAUGGCUUAUCGUGUCAACCCUACAAUGCCUUAGCUUUGUUGUGCAUUUCACCCGAUAACUCUUCGAGAACAUUGAUGUUCCCACCAUUUCGGCUCAAUGAGCUUAGUUUGAGCUAUAGCAACUCUAACUGUCAGUUAAUCUUGAAGUCUAUCCGCUUCACAGCCAAAAAUAAUUCCAGACUGACUGAUAAACUUAUUAUCAAUUGCCCAGAUGAUGACUUCUUGGCCGAAUGGGUGAAAAAGUUAUCCACCAUAUUUCCACUUACUGACUCUCUGUCACCUAUCAACUCUUACUUUCAGAUGAAGUUGAAUGAGAGCCCUCAAAUUAAAAUGGCUGGUUUGGGUAUUGACAUGUUAUCGGACUCUUCUCAUAGUGAAGAAAGUGACACUGAAGGCUUACAUAAAAAGUCCACUCCAAAGUCAGACUCUUCACCUGACGCCCCACAAACCGCAUUCAAAGAAUUGAUUUCUUCUCCAUCAUUAUCUGCUCCUGUGCCUACUUUACAAGUGCCUAAGCAGUUAAGAUCUGUUUCAUGCUCUUCUCAGAGCUCUUCUAUUGUUGUGUUUAACCAGCCUGUGAUACCACCUUUCGUUAAACUGUCGGCUAAUUCGGCAGUCUCAUCUCCAACUGAUUCGUUUAGGUCAGUUGGUUCUUAUGAAUCUACUAAUUCUACUUCAAUCCCCAGACCUAAUUAUGACAGAAGUUUAUCUGCUCAAACAAAAGGUUUUAUUAUUCAGAACAAUUUGCAAGUUCAAAAUAUUCGUACUGGUGUACCAGUGACAAAUGAGCAACCUCAACAAAGACCGGUUUCUUCUUCUGCAGAAAUCCAAGUUGAAAGUGAAUACGAAAAGGAAAAUGUUGAUCCUGUAAAAUCAGAAGCUCAAGAUACAAAGAAAGAUAAAGCUUCUAGUAUCGACAUCUCUAACUUUGGUAAGAACCACAAUCCUUCAUUCAGUGUUCACAAAGGAUUAAACCAGAUGUUGGAAGAGAAUGAAAGGCCAAAAUCCAAAUUCUUCGACUUCUUCAAGAAAUCCAACAGAACCCCUAAUUUGGCUCAUCCUUCUGCUACUCCUAAAAUCGCUUCCAAUUCCAGAAAAUCCAAUUCGAACAUCCAUAAGUUGAACAUCAACACCCUGAUUCCAAUGGACUCAGACUCCGAUACCAUUCCAUUGUCUGCUGCUUCUGCUGUAUCAAAUGUCUCUACUGUUUCGCAAACUAAAUCCAGUGCUUCAUUGACUCAACAUGCAAACGGAUCAGGAACAGCAUUUGCAUUGCCAUCUUCAACUUCAACAUACUUCUUCAGACAAUACAAGGAUGCCAACUCCUCUACGAGAAAUGAGGAAGCAAUCAAGGAAGCUAGCUUGUCUGUCCCCCAAGAAUUGAAGAAUGUGAUCAAUGAUGAGAACUCUAUUGACUUCUACAUUUCACCUACUUCUCCAAAAGCUUUGAAAGUGUCAAAGUGGAAGGCUAAGUACGGAAAAUGGGAAAUGUUGACUUUGAAUGAAAAUGUUUUCAUCAAGAUUGUUGUUAACUACGAUCACCACAGCUCUUGGAUGAUCUUUUUCAAGGAAGAAUACGAUGCUGAAUAUGAAGAGGAAGUCGACAAGCCUAUUUUGCUUUUGGAGAUGAAUUCUGAGACUGACAUCAGCCAGUCUUCAGCUCUCGACGUUCAAAUUUCUGCCAAAAAUAGUAUCACAAAUGAAGUUCUUUUGGUAAUGGUUAGAUGUUCUACCAACAAUUUGGCUCAAGCUAUUGUCUCCAAUGUUAGUAACAUAAAAGGAGCUUUAGCACCAAAGAAGUUGAAACUGAAAGCUUCCUACGGAUCUUCCAUUGGCGGAUCAAAGCAAACUAUCGCUUCAUCUGUUAUGGAAAACAAUAGAGGUGUCACCAGCAAAUCGUCUACUGUCACCAGCUUUGACUCUUCUGUUCGUGGUGACGACAACAACAAAACCUAUGGCAAUUCCCAGUUAACUAGAGAUCUUUCUAUGGCUUCUAUUAGCUCAGAGGAUAUCACUAAUGCUGCAAUUAUGUCCAAUCCAGAGAAUGGCAGAUUACUUUUGCUUACUAACAUGAAGAUUAGAUUGCAAAAGCUGUUGGGAGGAUAUGAGCAGGUGAACAAUCCUUCAUCUUGGAAGAUUUUGUCCAUGUUCUCCUUGAGCAUAUAUGGUAUUUCCGAUACGUUCACCGACAAAAACUACUUCAGUAUUGUGUUGGAAAGAAAUGGGAAUCUCAAUGAAGAUGGCGAGGAAUAUAGUUGGUUGAUCUGUGAAGAUGAAGUGCUCGACAGGAUCGAGAGAAUUGGAAAAGCUGGUUUGUUGGUCAAAGUUUCUGAUGAUGACUUGUUCAUGAUUGAAUGUAAGGGUAAGAAAGAGCUAAAGCAGCUUUAUGAAGUGUUUUAA